GCUGGCCCCCCCCGCUGGUAGCCCCUCACCAUGCUGUCUUCCCUCCCCCCCCCUCCUCCUCCCUCACGCCUCCUGCCCUGCCUGCGCACGCCCUCCUCUCCCCCUCCUCCUUCCCCUCCUUCCCCCCCUCCCUCGGUUGUUAGUCGCUCGCGCCGCCAUUAUCACCACUCUCGCCCUCGGGCCCGUCCGCCCCACGCCGUCGCGCCCGUCCCUCUUCACCCCGGGCGCGCCCCGAGAGGCCCAUGACCGUGACCAUGUCGCCGGGCCGAACCCUGCUGUCCGUCUCGGCCGGGUCCUUCAUCGGUUCCCGCAGCGAGAACCAGGAUCUCUUUGUCAUGCGUCGCAUCUCAACGGCCCGCGGCGACUCGGGCUCCAGCUCCGACCGGACGGGCACCUCGGCCGAGGCCUUCAGCUACAUCUCCCAGUGCUCAUUAACCCGCAUCGACCAGGUGGACCUUUUCCACUCGGACGGUGGCGAGGGGAUCUUUGGUGACAUCCUGCUGGUGGCCGUGCUCGAUGGCCAUGGGAUCCAGGGCCGAGCAGCGGCUCGCAUUGUUGCCGACCAACUGCUUCAUUUGCUUGAGCGCGACCCCCAGUUCACCACCUCUCUGUGUCGGGACCCGGCUCCCCUGGAGACGGUCAUCUUUCCCGAGCUGCAGGCCUGGCUGUCGAUGCAGCCGGAACUCCCGGCCCUCGACACGCAUGCAUGUGGCGCGGCCAACAUUGCUGGCUGUGACACUCCCCCGGGGUCAUGCCUGCACUUCGAUGCCUCCUUCCUGGGGGACCUGCAGCCCUCGCCGGCGGAUCCCAGCAACAAGUCCUCCUCGGCCGAGACUCCGCCACAGGAGCCGUCUCGAUCAUUGAGUGCCUCGUCCUUCUUUGAUCCGUGCCUCAGUGGCACGACCCUCUCACUGGCGCUCUUUAUCCCGACCGAUCCGACAAACCUGUCCAUGGUGUUCGCCCAUGUGGGCGACACUUCCUCCAUUUUGGGCUCGGUUAAGCGGUCCCCGGCUGUAGCUGGUGCCAGUUCGGGUACCGAGAAGUGGUUCACGUCGACCCUCACUGAACAACACAACUGGGACAAUCCGGCCGAGGCUGGCGCCGUGCUCCAGGCUGGCGCUCCGCCGGCGGAUUCCUCGCUCCAGACUCGUGGCAAUGGGUCGGCCCGCAUCGCUCGCUCAACUUGCCCAGUGACAGGCCAGGAGUAUGGCCCCCUGCGCAUUUUCCGCAAAACCGAGAACAUCCCAGGACUGGCUAUGUCCCGGGCGCUUGGGGAUACCGUGGCUCAGGCGCUUGGUGUCACCGCGCGUCCGACCAUCCGCCUCCGGCCGCUGGUGCAGGCCACCAGCCCCGCCGGCGGGGAAGGGACUGACAUCCGGGUCGACCGCUUUGUCAUCCUGGCCACCGAUGGCGUGUGGGAUGUCGUCACGCCGAAGACCGCCUUCCAGGUGGCUCGGAAGAUCUUGCGGAAACGGUCGCCCCCGGCCGGCUGCUCGGAGCACAUUGUCACCAGUUUGCUGAAGGAUGUGGUGUGUGCCACACGCUCCGAACGCGACACCCUCGAUGCGCAAGGCGCCACCCAGAUCGAGGGGGAGUUUGACAAUGCCACGGCUCUGUGCGUGGUGGUCAGCACCCCGGGGGCCGAGGCGUCCUGCAACGACAUCUGCGACAACACCGGCAGUGGUAGUGUUGCGGACAGCAGCACGGACAGCAGCGCCGACUGCUCGACUCCGGCCACCUCCUCCUCGCUCUAGAUCGCUCCCCGGCCACCGGGCGACUGUGCGCGCGCGCCAUGGGUGACCGUCUUUGCUUUACCCAUCUGAAAGAACCUGCGCCCCUCCCCAGUUGAUGCGGCUAUAUCUUUCUCGCCUGUGGGGCGCCUAUACUCUCCCUUGUCCUUCUUCUUGCUGACCCGUACUUCGCUGUGUCGCGGGCAUAUUUAUAUAUAUAUAUAUAUUAUGUGUGUUUAUUUGCUUUCGUGCGCAUGCAUAUCCGUUCCCAUUUUUGCACAUACGUAUACACACACAUGCAUGCAUGCAUG